GUGUGGUCUGUCCAGUGGGAACCUCCUCGCUGCCUGACAGACAUGACUCAGGGCUUCACCUUUCACACGGUGUCAGGCUGCUCCCAGGCUGUGCGCAUGCGCCUUCAAACAACCAAUUACCAUGUCAAAGCACAGAAAUGAAAGUCUUCCUCUGAAAACUAUCCGAUGAAGUUGUGAACCAGCAGGUGUAGUUUGGAUCACCGGGGUGUCUCUGAGGGGGAUAUUUCUACAACAAGAAGCCAAAACAAACAUGUUUGGUAAAAAGAAGAGAGCACCGCAGCCCAGAGGCCAGGGCGGUGCUGCUGCAAAGCAGAUGGGUCUGUUUGUAGACCCGGAGGAGAUGAUGAUGGGCAUGGACGGAAACCUGGACGACCCGGACUUGGAGGCGGAACUUGCUGCUAUUACUGGAAAAAAGGCUGCUGCAGGAGGGAAAGCCAGGCAGAAGGGGAAAAGCCCCCUGCCCAUGGAAGACAUUGCAAGAAUGGCAGACGAGUGUAUGAGAGACGUGGAGGAUGAUGACGACAACAAUGUUGAAGAUGAUGAGGAUCUGUUGGCAGAGCUGCAGGAAGUGGUGGGUGAGGAUGAAGCUGAGGAUGUUGUUUCCUCCCCGUCCUCUGCCACCACUGAAUCUCCUCAAGCUGAAACACCGGAGUCCCCAGCGGCACAGGAGGAAGUAAAGGUCUCCUCGGCAGCCCCCGGCAGCCUCCAGCACACCCUGGAGGAGAGAUUAGCCAUGUACAAGACAGCCUUACAAAAUGCCAAGACGGCAGGGGAGGCCUCAAAAGCCAGGAGAUAUGAUCGUGGGGUGAAGACAUUGGAGUCAUUGUUGGCUGCUGUAAAAAAAGGAAGGUCUGUAAAUGAGGCAGAGAUUCCUCCGCCUGUUUCCACCGGAGCCCCGAGUGCCACCCCACGACCAGCUGUGCCCGCGAGGCCCGCUCCCCCUGUACCAUCCCGUUCUCAGCCCACUCAGCCAGAGGAGUCAGUGCCCACGUCGCCACCACCUGCUGUGCCCGAUGUCAUCACACCCAGCAGUGAGGAGGAGCAGUCAUCCUCUGCUACCCUACCCAUUCUGAGUAGCCUCCCAUCUCCUGAGGAGCAAACUGAUGAGGAAGCUGCCGACCUUUCACAGAGCUGUCAGUCAGCAAAUGAUUCAACCAAGAAGAUGCUUUUGGAUAGGCAGAAAGAGUACAAGAUGGCAGCUCUGAGAGCCAAGAAGCAAGGAGACGUGGAGCAAGCUAAGCUUUACUUCAAGACCAGCAAGAGUUUUGAUGCAGUGAUUGAGGCAUUGGAAAAAGGACAGUCAGUGGAUUUGAGUAACCUUCCUCCACCACCAGAACAGGGUUCAGGAGGAGGUUCUGCUCCAGUGGCAGCACUUCCUGCUGGUCAAAGCGCACAGCCGACCCAACCGGCUGCAUCAGCUCCAGCUCCUUCAGCUCCUAAAGACGUGCUGCAAGCGCUCGAGCAGAGACGAGCCAAGUAUGUGGAGGCGUCCGCACAGGCCAAGGCCAGCGGAGACGACCGCAAGGCCCGAAUGCACGACCGUAUUGCCAAGCAAUACCAGAGCGCCAUCCGGGCUCACAAAGCAGGGAAAGCAGUCAACUUUGAUGAGCUGCCGGUUCCCCCUGGCUUUCCUCCGAUCCCUGGCCAGAAGGCAGUGGGAGCUGAGCAGGGGAUUGUUGCUGCUCUGGAGGCAGCCAAUAAGCUCACCUCUAGUGAUGCAGCUGAAGUGGGAGAUGAGGAAGAUGAUGAGGAGAAAGAAGAAGAGCCUGCUGCUCCUGAAGAGCCAAAGAAGCCCACAUUAGACAUUCCCACAGCAGGUCAAGAACAGAAGAGGACUCCAUCAGCUUCACCCGACAGGGCAACAGUCAGGGAAGGACUCUCACAAACAGCUGUUCAGCAGCUGGAGUUCUUGGAGGGUCGAAAGAAGCAGUAUAUGAAGGCUGCGCUGCAGGCGAAGCAGAAAAAUGACAUGGAGCAGGCAAAGAUUUUCCUCCGCACCGCCAAAGGCAUCGACCCCAUGAUCGAGGUGGCACGCAGUGGCAAAACUGUGGACAUCAGCGCGGUGCCGUCGCCUCCUGGUGACGAAGACGAAGACUUUAUCCUGGUUCAUCACAGUGACGUGCAGAUCACAGAGAAAGCUGAGGAGGUUUACACGCAGCUGGCCAAGAUCCUGAAAGAGCAGCACGAGAAAUGUUUGACUCACUCUGAGCAGUUUAAAAACCUGGGGAAUGUCACUGAAACAACAAAAUUUGAGAAAAUGGCUGAAAGCUGUAAGAAGAGUCUGGCUGUCCUGAAGUUGGCUCAGUCGAGGGGUCAGCCUCCUCCUAAGCAUCAUUUCGAGGAGAGGCCAUUUCGCACGGUCAGGAUAUUUCCGGACCUGAGCAGCACUGACAUGGUUGUUAUUAUUGUAAAAGGAAUGAAUCUUCCUGCUCCCAGCGGAAUGCAGCCAAACGAUCUGAACGCCUUCGUCAAGUUUGAGUUCCCCUACCCCAGCACGGAGCAGCCGCAGAAACUCAAAACAGCUGUCAUCAAGAACACUAACUCCCCAGAAUACAACCAGAGCUUCAAGCUUCAAAUCAAUCGCAACCACCGCGGCUUCAGGAGGGUGGUGACGGCUAAAGGCUUCAAACUAGAGCUGCUGCAUAAAGGCGGUUUCCUGCGGAGCGACAGGCCAAUCGGGACGGCCCUGGUGAAGCUGGACAAACUGGAGUCGCAGAGUGAAAUCAGGGAGAUCGUCGAGGUGAUGGACGGCCGGAAGCCCACAGGAGGUCGUGUUGAAGUGAAGGUGAGACUGCGGGAACCUCUGAGCGGUCAGGACGUGCAGACGAGCACGGAGCGCUGGCUGGUCAUCGACCAGUCACAGGUUCUUCCUUAGAUGUUACUGCAGGACUGAAGAUGAAUCGCAAGAAGAAAAUGUAAGGAGCUCAAUCAAAAAUACUUGGAGGAGGAGGAAGGAGGUUUGGGAAGCUCUGAAGACUGUUGUUCAGUUUGGACUCAGACCUAUUUGUUAGAACUUUUGCACAUUUGCACGACACACACGCUCCCCUUCACUCAGCAGGAGACACGGAGCUGCCUUACGGAGAUGUAAACCUCGUGUCGGCCUCCACUGGAAGGUGAUGAGGGCCUCUCUUUGAGAUUUACACUCAGGCGUCUCCUGGAGGACAGCAGGGUGUCCUCUGCGAGUGAUGAAGGGGCCCCGGUGUCGAAUUAAGCUGAUCCUGCUGCCUGACGUAACUUUUAGUUAAUAUAUAAAAGAAUGUGUCGAUAGUCCUUGUGGUAUCUACAACUGCACCUAUGCACUAAUACCAAAGUAAUCACAGUUGCUGUAAAAUCCUGCAUAUUUGAAAACUGUCUUUAGCUGCCAAAUCUGUUACAUCAUUUAAACGUAUAUAACGUAAGUACAGCUUGGGCCGUUGGGGAGUUUUCAGUACAUUUCCACACAGUUCUUCUGGACUUGUGUGAAAGUAUCAGGCAGAUGUUGCAGCAGCCGCUUCACAUCUGUUUUAUAGGAGUAAGCCAAGAAAUUAUGAGAUUACAAAAGGUACGUUCAUUAUUUUAAAGACCACAUUCACUUUAAAAAACAAAAAAAACCACCAUUCACAUGGAUUGAAAGUCCUCUAACUGUGGUCACUAAACUGCACACUCACCUCUGCAGCUUUAGGUGUGUUUGACUUGUUUACACUGAAUAGCACAAAACUGGAGACGUAUAACGCACAGAUGACAGAGUACAAAGGAAUUGUUGGCUCACCUUUAAAAGGCAUUGUUUAAAGGAACAGUUCAACAUGUUGCUUAUUUGCUUUCUGGCAGAUAAUUUGAUGGGAAGAUUUAAACAAAUGUCCUGUCAGGAAACUCUAAGCUUAGCCUAGAUUUGCAUAAAACUGGAAGCAGGAGGGGGGGGCAACUUGAAUCCUGUUUAGAAAUACUCCUACUACUAGUCUCUGAAGCUCAGACAAACAUGUUUCAUAUUUAAUUUCACCCAAAAAUUGUUAGAAGGAACUUUUUACCUUUGAAAAGCGCCCCACUGGCUGUUCCAGUCAUGCUCAUCUAACCUAACAUGAUUGUUUAGGAAUUAAACAGGAAGACUGGAGAUGCAAAAGCAGCUCCAUUCGUCUUGUUUAUUUCUUACGACAGCAUAUCAGGGCCAUUCUGGGUAGCUUUGCAUGAUCCAUAGUUUAUGGCUUUGUGCAGCCCAUCCUCUGUCUGAAACUAGCUGUUUUAGCUCCUCCCCCUUUAAGUCAGUUUCCUUCUGAUUGGCUGCCCCUCACAUACACUGACCAAUCAUUUGAAACUUUGGCCGUGGUUAGCACGGGUGUCCACUCUUGUAACAUUGUCAUAAAUUUGGUUCUGUGUUGUCUUUAUUUAAAAUGGCCCUGAAAUGCUGUUGCAGAUUCUCAACAGGAACAUUUGUCACUACUUUUUAAAUCUAUGCAUCAGUCAUCUCGUGUGGUGGAAACUAUAUUGGGAGUGAAUCAGUGGUUUAAUAAAGGGCCAGUUCAUUCAAAUUCCCAAAACGCAUCAAGUCAAACCUUUUUUUUUUUUUUUUUUUCCCAUAAUGGUCUCUGAAUAACUCUAAAUGAGGUGAGUUAAGAAAAAGCUGUAAGGUGAUGACUGACUGUGGUGCUCUGUGUGGCAUUUUGGCCUCUUACAGCUCACUGUUUUUACUUUGCUACCCUCAGAAACCUGUUUUGCUCUCCAUGUUCUGAGCAUUUAGCAUCUAAAGAGACUUAAGACAGGGCAGAAACAGACUGCUGUGCAGAAUUAAGUUGCAGUGUUACAUCAACGUAGUCUGAAAUGCACCAACAGCAGUAGCAAACGCUGUGAAGUGGAUGAGUGGCCGUGAAGCGGACAAGCAAACAGCCUUAAAUUCAUUAGGAGACCAGAAACUUGGUAUUAAAUGCAGAAUGUUGCUGUUUUAACAAGGAAGAGUGUCCUUAGAUGGAGACCUGGGUCCAGGCAGGCAGCAUUAACCUGCAGUUUGUCUUAUGGUGGGAAAACCCAGCGCUCCCUGCUGAUUCUCUUCUGAAUCAGGAAACAGUUUACCAACAAAUCAGUUAAUGUAAAAUCGAGGUUCAAGUAGAAUUGAGUGAGCUGACCCUUUAAAGUUUGAACCGCAGAAGAAGCCAUAACAGAUUAACUGAGCCAACGGCGUGAAAUCCCACCUCCUACAGGUUUACCUCAGACUGUCUACAUUAUUUUUACAGUGGUCACAUUUCAGUUUCUGCUGCGUCUUUUUUUUUUUUUUGUUUUCCUCAAAUCGGCGCAGAAUUUUAGGGUGAAGGAAAAAAAAAUGCUUUGUUUACAGUAAACACUGAAUAUCGAAAUACUAAAGCAGGUCCACGCAGGAAGUGAAUUCGCUCAUCAGGUGUCGCUUUGAAGCUGACGGUCGGUCACUUUCCAGGCCCAGUUGCCUAGGUAACCCUCAAACUCAUUGACCGCUCUGUGAUGUGUCAAUCAAUGGUAUCUUUAGCUCUCAUUGGUAGUCACUUAAAGUUGAGUAAAGCUUACCUCUGGACCUGCCCACUCCGCUUCACCAGCCACUAGUUGCUUCCUGUGUGGACACCCGUUACCCUUCAUUUUAUUUUAGUUUUUACUAAGUAGAUGUGUUUACACAGAUCAUGAUUUUAUUUCUAAAAUGCUUCAAAAUUAUCAGUUCUUUACCUUGUUUUUAAUUGACUGAAUCUGCUGAUCCUGCUCUAAGAUGAAUCAAUAAACAGAUCUUGUUUUAUUUGUGCCCUGUUGAGCUUUUCCAACAUCAUCUGUAAUAAACAAACACAUUUCAGUUUUCUAUAAGUUUUUAUUUUACAUAUACUACAAUAUUUUAUGAUGUAGUGUAACGGGGGGGUGGACAGGCUUUUUGGC